UUCAGUUUUCACUUGAUUCUCAUUAAAGGGGAGUUCGCUUAUCUGAAACUCUACCCAAACAGCGUGAGAGAUGGCUCUCCUCCUGUUCUCUCCCUCCCUCUCCUCUGCUUCUUCUUAUCCUUCGUCCCCGUCAAUGGUCAUUACAGCAACACCGAUGUCCAGGUUGCAGAAGAAAUGCAUUGGUAUGCAACCAAAGUCUUUCAAUGGAGUUCGAAUUUUUCUGUCCGGAGUUCAAGAACGGGGAGCGGUAAUUGUUCGGGCUUCUUCAGAUAUAGAUGGAGUUGGUUUAGAGAGCGCAGAAUCGGCAGCUGAAGGGAAGGAAGAGAAUGUUUCAGUUGAAAAGCUUCCUUUAGAGUCCAAGCUACAGAUGAUGCAGGAGCAGAAACUGAAGAUGAAACUGGCAAAGAAGAUAAGGUUGCGGCGGAAGCGGCUAGUCAGGAAGCGCAGAAUGAGGAAGAAGGGAAGAUGGCCACCUUCAAAGAUGAAGAAGAACAAGAAUGUAUGACCCUUUCCCAGAGUCAUCCCUGCAGGUUUAGAGCUUGCUCUUUUUCUGCUUAAGCCAUUUCAAUUUGGUCAUUGUUGUCUUGAAUUGAUCGUUAUUAAAUGUAUUUUUUGUUAUCAGUUCAAAUUUUAAGGGCCUUAAUAUUGUUUUGUCAAAUCGAGUUAUGGCUUGUAGAAAUUUAUUGUCAUGAUCAUUUCCUGAUAUUUAUACAGGUCAAUUAUGUGGAUUCAGUUUU